AUGGAGCUAGAGGUUAACAAGGGGGUUGGUCGGGCCAGACCUACCCAACGUAGGGUCAAUGUCUGGGGGCCCCCCUGGGGUCUGUCUGGCCGUCUGGGGGUCCGGGUGCUGAUGCACAGAGACCACCUCACCUGUCGCUUCCUGCAGGGUUCUCUGCCUCGCGCCUGGCUGCAGCGUUACUGGGGCAAGCAGCGCUUUAACCAUCUCUCAUCCUCCUCUUCAUCCUCCUCUCGUCUUUUCCCAGCCCUGAGGGAGUGGGAUCAGGACAAGUCCUCGCCGGCCCCUGAUGGCCCCUCCGGCUCGCCGCAAGUCCCAGGCAUGACCCUCACCCCACGGGGACCCAGUGCUCAGCCUGCCGCCUCCAACAGCUCUUCCUCCAGCCACAGUCACACUGCUGGAGCCAGCCUCAACCUCAACCACAGCCACAACAGCAGCUCUGGGUUAGUACUAACAACAGCUAGCCACCUGACCAAUCAGUCAGGUAGGCUACAUAAGCUAGCCGCUGGUCAAUAGCAGUGUAUUGACCACCGCUAUGUAGGCUAUACCAUUGUCAUAAUAGACUGUAGUUAUAGACACUAUACCACUGCCCUAAAUCAUCUGUAUAGACUCUAUACCACUGCUCUGUAUAAUUGAAUUUACCAUCCAAUAGAGGAAGCUGCAUAGGAUGCCUUUGUCUUGGUCUCAUUGUCUUUCAAUGUUAGUUUUUAAACAAAUACAUUUUACCUUUAAGUGAAAAGAUUCUGGUGGUUGUGUUGCAUGUAAAUCUAGGCUAUUUAUACAUUAUUUCCUUCCAGCUAAAAGCUGGUUUUGGCUCUAGAUUUUCUACAUGUCUGUGAUGUGUUAUUAAUAGGUGACCAUGCUGCAGCUAACUGUCAGGUGCAUUUUGCAGCUCUUUUGAUUUGAGGCGAGACAGAGCUUAAAACAGCCAGCGCUAUCAUCGUGCUGUCGUAGACAGGGCAUCUUGCAGGCAGGCUGCGGAAGGCAUGUAGCUGUGUCUUUGCCAUCUGUGGUAGUAUAGUCUCUCUCAGCACGUAUGCCACUUUAGUAAGCUGUGUCUUUCUCUCCUAUGCCAGUGGUGGUGUUUAGUGUAUCUGUGUCUUGUGGUAGAUGUAUAGUCUCAGGACAGUAUGCCAUUCAGGACCUCUGUAUUGUAGCUGUGUCUGUAGUGUUAGUGUUUUUGUAGUCUCUCAGUAUGUUCAGUAUGUACGCCACUCUGGACCUGUGGCGCUCCUCUUUCAGAUCCCUCCCAGGGGACAUGGACGAGACGGACAGCCUCCGCUUCGGGAUCAAGCGCUUCAACGAGGACGCGCUGUCUCUGGCCCCUUCCACCACUGACUCCAUCAUCGUAGAGGGUGAGUGGGUUAGGGAGGGAGCUGCUCGUUAGAGCUUAGAUACAUGAGAGAGAGUACCGUACAGCCAGGUGGGCAGGCUUUUUGAGCAGCCAAUUAGUAGAAUCAGGUGUGCUAGAUUAGGGUUGGAGAGAGAGCCUGCAGGAGGGUAGCUCUCCAAAAGGAGGGUUGUGCAACGCUGUUGUCAUAGGUUAUGAGACGGGUUAUGUGGCUGACAUAUAGAGAGCGUGGGCUGUUGGGGGAGAGAGAUGGGACCUCACCCAGUUUCAUUAAGCUGGAGUGUGUGAGAGAGACUGUAUGAUUAUCCCAGGUUGUCUAGCAGUGAUGUAGCUAGUGCUGCUACAGUAGAAAGACAAAACAGUCAUCCACCCAGACUACAGGAGAUCAGUAUGUGUUGUUAGUGGUCAUAGCCACUAAUCAUAGCGUAGGAUUAUUAUUUAUUAAUUGCACAUAUUGGUAAAUCAUAUGAUGUGACAUUAACGAACAUCACCUAUUGAACGCAUUAAAAAUACAUUUGAGUUGUGCUGCUUACACACACACACUAAUCCUAAUUAUUUGAGUUGAGUUGUGCUACACACACACACAGUCACACUGCUGCAGCCAGCCUCAACCUCAACACUAAUCCUGAGCCGUGCCGUGCUGUUCCGUGCCCCUCCCCUCCCCCAGAUGCGUACUACUCUGCGGUUCGAGCUGAUCUGGAGUCAGAUGCCCAGGACUUGGAUGUGGAGUCAUGGAGCCUGGCUGUGGACCAACAGUACCUGAAGAAACACACCAAGGAGAUGGUCAAGAGACAGGACGUCAUCUACGGUCAGUUUGUCAUACAUGGUCUUUUGAUGUCUUAUAAAAAAUAAAUUAUACAUUUUGUUACAUUUGUCGUGUUUUAUGUAGGCUUUCAUUGUGUUUUUAUAGUUAUAUCUGUGGUUAAGUUUAGAAUUAGAAGGUGAAUUAUGAGAAUGGAGAACCUCAACUCUCAAUGUCAAUUGUUCCAUUUAUCUCUUUGUCUGGAUCUACAAUCAAUAAUGGAGUCCGGUGGAUGAAAAGCAAAUUCCUGUAAAAGGCUAAUUAGAUGUUGAACCCCCUGUCUGUGUCUGUCUGUCGUUCUGUCUAUUUAUCCCAACAGAGUUGAUGCAGACAGAGAUGCAUCACGUACGGACCCUGAAAAUCAUGCUGCAUGUGUACGUGAGGGAGCUGAAAGAGCACCUUCAGAUGGAUGAGCGGUGUCUGGACUGUCUGUUCCCGCGCCUGGAGAGCCUGCUGGAGCUGCACACACACUUCCUUUCCCGCCUCAAAGAGCGGCGCCGAGACGCCAUGCAGCCCGGCAGCGACAAGAACUACAACAUACAGAGACUCGCUGACAUCCUUACCACACAGGUAGAGACACCACACACACACACAGUGUUACACACACUUUCUCUAAUUCUGUCUCACCCUCACACACACAGUGACUUGUAUUUUUCCCCUUUUUGCAGGUAGAGAGAAAUUAAUUCAGACGCUGUAUACCAAUUACCUUGACUGUUUUCCUCUCUGCCUCCUUGCCUUUUAUAAGGGAAAAUAAGAUAUAGAAAACAUUAAAAACACCUGCUCUUUAAAUGACAUAGACUGACCAGGUGAAUCCAGGUUAAAGCUAUGAUCCCUUAUUGAUAUCACUUGUUAAAUCCACUUCAGUCAGUGUAGAUGAAGGGGAGGAGAUUGGUUAAAGAAUGAUUUUUAAGCCUUGAGACAAUUGAGACAUGGAUUGUGUGUGUGCCAUUGAGCGUGAAUGGGCAACAAUAGAUUUAAGUGCCUUUGAAUGGGGUAUGGUAGUAGGUGCAGGCACACUGGUUUGAGUGUGUCAAGAAUUGCAACGCUGCUGGGUUUUUCAUGCUCAACAGUUUCCUCUGUGUAUCAAGAAUAGGACAUCCAGCCAACUUGACACAACUGUGGGAAGCAUUGGAGUCAACAUGGGCCAGCAUCCCUGUGGAACGCUUUCAACACCUCUAAUCUAUGCCCGACAAAUUGAGGCUGUUCUGAGGGCAAAAGGGGGUGCAACUUAAUAUUAGUAAGGUGUUCCUAAUGUUUUGUACACUCAGUGAACCUGUCAGAGAUUGCCGGAGUCUGGUGUAGUGGUCCCGAGUGGCGCAGUGGUCUAAGGCACUGCAUCGCAGUGCUAGCUGGGCCACUAGAGAUCAUGGUUCGAAUCCAGUCGUAGCCGGCCGCGACCGGGAGACCCAUGAGGCGGCGCACAAUUGGCCCAGCGUCGUCCAUGGUAGGGGAGGGAAUGGCCGGCAGGGAUGUAGCACAGUUGGUAUAGUGUUUGCAAUGCCAGGGUUGUGGGUUCGUUUCCCACGGGUGGCCAGUAUGAAUAAAAAAUAAUAAUAAAAAAUAAAAAUAAUGUAUGCACUCACUAACUGUAAGUCGCUCUGGAUAAGAGCGUCUGCUAAAUGACUAAAAUGUAAAAUGGUCAAAGGCUGUGUUUACACAGGCAGCCCAAUUCUGAUCUUUUGCCCAAUUAUGGGCAAAUUAUCUGGUCUGAUUGGUCAAAGACCAAUUGGUGGCAAAAGAUCAGAAUUGGCUGCCUGUGUAAACACAGCCUAAGCUGCUGACUCCAGAUCACAUAUGCCCCCUCUGGCGACGGGGGUUCGAGCCCCGUCUCGGCCACGCUCUAUGCCCCUACUACCAGUCUCCCCCUCUAUAAAAAAUCCUUACAAUUAAAAAACUUGUCAGUGAAAGGAGGUGAUCAGAGGAGCCUGGGAAGCGCUCUAACAAUACUGAGACAGUUCUCAUCCUUGUCUCCUCUCCAGUUUUCAGGUGAGAUAGGGGAACGGAUGAAGGAGAGCUAUGGUGAUUUUUGUAGCCACCACACAGAGGCUGUCAAUUACUACAAGGAGCAGCUGCACAACAACAAGAAGUUCCAGAACCUCAUACGGGUAAGUUGUUAUUGAUUCCAUUACUAUAGUAGAGACAUUGACAAAAAUCCUGUCCAGCUGUCCAAUCCACCAUGUGCUAACUUAAAGAGGAUAGGAAACAUUAAUGACAGUAGGUUAUUUAAGAACAUAUGAGACUUUUUCAAAUUCAGCUAUUGAGGCCUCCUGUGUGUAACCAGAUAUAUUUAUUGAUUGCACUACAUGGUCUAUGAACUGUGUAUAAAAUAUGUAGCUUUUCCUUCCAGAAAAUCAACAAUUUGUCCAUUGUGAGAAGAUUAGGAGUGACAGAGUGUAUUCUACUGGUGACUCAGCGCAUCACGAAGUACCCAGUGCUGGUGGAACGCAUUGUGCAGAACACGGAAGGUAAGGAAACAGACGCUUUAUGUCUUGGCCCGAUCCCGACUUAGGAAUUUAUGUCUUUCCUACGCACACCUUUCCUACGCACUUCUCAGUAUUUGGUAUUCUGACUUACCUUAUUCAGUCGCGUAACGUGCUAUGCAGGUGUGGCUACCUUGCGCUGUGAAUACAUUUCAUUCAACUGCUGAAAACCUUCCCACUUGCUGGCCAACAGAUUUUCUUGUGGAGUUUUCAUUCAGUGGAGUUUUCAGUACAUUUGUCUUAAGACAUCCCUUUAAAUAUGGUGUAGCUUGAAUUAUAACUUUGUCGACAGACUCAAUAGAAUACAUUGAGAGAACUGCUUCAGAAUAUAUGGAUCAAUGAAAGAAUGCCAUCUCUUCAUCUCCGUUUCAGCACCAACUGGUAGAUUUAAAAAUACUCUGAUCUUGUAGAUUAUUUAGGCACAUUUUAGGGUUAAUGAAAGUAUGUAUGAAUCAUAAAACAGAUUUGGAGAGCCUUUACGCACAAAAAUAUUGAUGAAUAAAAAUAUUGCGGUUUGAUUUAUCCUGAAAGUUGUCAAUUUCAAGUUCAAUAUAUUAAAUAUUGGAAGGUGGGGGAAAAAGUGUACAAUAGAGGUUGAACAAUAGUCCUAUAAACCUACCCUAAUUCUCACUAAUCAUGGAACUGUAUGAUGGGUCCAGUCAUAGGGAACCGUGCGCCAGGCUCCAGGUUUAACCUGCUACGUGAGUUCCAUAAUGAUUCAAAUUGGCUACAUGUCCCAAAUUAUUGCACAACGUUAGCCUAAAAUGAUCCACUAAUGCUAGCGACCCUCAGGAACAACUUACACUGAUGUGACAGAGGAAAGAAAGGUAAACGGCAUGGAAUGAUGCAAAAUGUAAGCUACGAAUUGAAGAAAAUGAACACUAAAGUGACAGUUAUAAAUGUAUGUGGCGCCCGAUGCUGGCUAAUAUUUAACAUGAUACAAAUUGUAAAAUAAAACGGAGAAAAGCCCUGGCAUAGGCUUUAAUUUAAACAUUCUAAAGCGCAUACAUCUACUCGGCAGGUUCAGCCCUACAGAAGCCUAUAGCUUGGGUGUCCAAAUUUCAUCCAUGCAAAUUAUGAGGGCUCACAAUAAAAAAUUGGAAUAACAGCACAGCUGUUUAUAGCCUAUUUCCCUGUGGAAAAGGGGCCGUAAUACAUGUUAUGUUGAUAUGAUUUUCAGUUUGCUUCCAUAUGACUUGUUUUCACAUUCAUCUCCAGGGAUCAUAAGGAAAACUCAUCUAAAACAAUUCCUAUGUGUAUUUACAAUCCCCUUCUUCAAAUGUAUUACUCAUUUACCUAGCUCCUAUCCAUUUAGAAGUUACAGUGCAUGGAGAAUGCUGUUAUUUCUAUUGGAACUGGUAGGUUCACUAAACCUUAUUCAUGGUUUCCUCACUUGUAAAGGUGGUGGAAUGAAGUCAGUCAGAAUACGGCGUAUCUGUAGACACCGCCGCCGCCACACCUUCAUUCGAUUUCCAUGCUAUUCUCAUGCUUAAGUUCAAGGUCAUAGAGAGAAAAGUGCAUAAAGGGAAUUACGUUCCUUUUACGUGCGCUUAACUCGGGUCGUAAUUGGGGCCCCAUGUCUUUCCCCUCGCUAGCUCUGGAAGGUUUAGGCCCAACAUGCUGUUAAGGACUUUGUGGCAGGAACUUGAAGGACUGUUGGAAUAGAAAGAAUAAAAUUAUUUCACCCUAACGUUCAGAGAUGGUCUAUUGCAAUGAACAUUGGCCAGCGUACUAUCACAAGGUAAUCUCUCGUUAAACCUUCAAUAAAAAAUGGAUAUCACCCGCACAGCUGAUCUCAAUUGCAACCAUCACUGGCCACUGAUUUACCGCUCCAUAACUCUUAGCCUUGAGCGGUGUUUGUCAGACCAUGAGACAUCCCUAAAAUCUGUCUUCUCACAAAAACGUCUGUGGCGGGCCCCGGUGGCAAUAGAUUUAUAAAACCAAAAGCUUACCUUGACUUGGAAGAGUUCCAGUGUUGAAUGGUCAUAGCCAGCUAGCUAACAUAGCAUCCCUCUGUUUGAGCCAGGUGUUUGAGUAGGCUAAACUAGCUAACUGCAUUCGCUAGCUAAGUAACUGAAAAAAAUAUUAAAUAUACAGUGAGGGAAAAAAGUAUUUGAUCCCCUGCUGAUUUUGUACGUUUGCCCACUGACAAAGACUUGAUCAGUCUAUAAUUUUAAUGGUAGGUUUAUUUGAACAGUGAGAGACAGAAUAACAACAAAAAAAUCCAGGAAAACGCAUGUCAAAAAUGUUAUAAAUUGAUUUGCAUUUUAAUGAGGGAAAUAAGUAUUUGACCCCCUCUCAAUCAAAAAGAUUUCUGGCUCCCAGGUGUCUUUUUAUACAGGUAACGAGCUGAGAUUAGGAGCACACUCUUAAAGGGAGUUCUCCUAAUCUCAGUUUGUUACCUGUAUAAAAUACACCUGUCCACAGAAGCAAUCAAUCAAUCAGAUUCCAAACUCUCCACCAUGGCCAAGACCAAAGAGCUCUCCAAGGAUGUCAGGGACAAGAUUGUAGACCUACACAAGGCUGGAAUGGGCUACAAGACCAUCGCCAAGCAGCUUGGUGAGAAGGUGACAACAGUUGGUGCGAUUAUUCGCAAAUGGAAGAAACACAAAAGACCUGUCAAUCUCCCUCGGCCUGGGGCUCCAUGCAAGAUCUCACCUCGUGGAGUUGCAAUGAUCAUGAGAACGGUGAGGAAUCAGCCCAGAACUACACGGGAGGAUCUUGUCAAUGAUCUCAAGGCAGCUGGGACCAUAGUCACCAAGAAAACAAUUGGUAACACACUACGCCGUGAAGGACUGAAAUCCUGCAGCGCCCGCAAGGUCCCCCUGCUCAAGAAAGCACAUAUACAGGCCCGUCUUAAGUUUGCCAAUCACCAUCUGAAUGAUUCAGAGGAGAACUGGGUGAAAGUGUUGUGGUCAGAUGAGACCAAAAUCGAGCUCUGUGGCAUCAACUCAACUCGCCGUGUUUGGAGGAGGAGGAAUGCUGCCUAUGACCACAAGAACACCAUCCCCACCAUCAAACAUGGAGGUGGAAACAUUAUGCUUUGGGGGAGUUUUUCUGCUAAGGGGACAGGACAACUUCACCGCAUCAAAGGGACGAUGGACGGGGCAAUGUACCGUCAAGUCUUGGGUGAGAACCUCCUUCCCUCAGCCAGGGCAUUGAAAAUGGGUCGUGGAUGCGUAUUCCAGCAUGACAAUGACCCAAAACACACGGCCAAGGCAACAAAGGAGUGGCUCAAGAAGAAGCACAUUAAGGUCCUGGAGUGGCCUAGCCAGUCUCCAGACCUUAAUCCCAUAGAAAAUCUGUGGAGGGAGCUGAAGGUUCUAGUUGCCAAACGUCAGCCUCGAAACCUUAAUGACUUGGAGAAGAUCUGCAAAGAGGAGUGGAACAAAAUCCCUCCUGAGAUGUGUGCAAACCUGGUGGCCAACUACAAGAAACGUCUGACCUCUGAUUGCCAACAAGGGUUUUGCCACCAAGUACUAAGUCAUGUUUUGCAGAGGGGUCAAAUACUUAUUUCCCUCAUUAAAAUGCAAAUCAUUUUAUAACAUUCUUUCUGGAUUUUUUUGUUGUUAUUCUGUCUCUCACUGUUCAGAUAAACCUACCAUUAAAAUUAUAGACUGAUAAUUUAUUUGUCAGUGGGCAAACGUACAAAAUCAGCAGGGGAUCAAAUAUUUUUUUCCCUCACUGUAGCUAGCUUUCUCCUCUCCCUCUCUUGCUUCUCCUUCAUUUUUGAAGAAAUUAUUUGUUAAAAACUGUUCAACUAUUGUCUUUCACUCGCUUUGAGUCAACUUCUCACCACAUUUUAUGCACUGCAGUGCUAGCUAGCUGUAGCUUAUGAUUUCAGUACUAGAUUCAUGCUGAUCCUUUAAUUGGGUGGACACCAUGUCAGUUCAAGCUGCAAGAGCUCUGAUAGGUUGGAGGAAGUCCUCCGGAAGUUGUCAUAAUUACUCUGUAAGUCUAUAGAAGGGGGUGAGAACCACAAGCCUCCUAGGUUUUGUAUUGAAGUCAAUGUAUCAAGAGGAGGACGGAAACUAGCUGUCCUCAGUCUACACCAUGGUGCUAUCCUACAGUGUGCUGGUGAGGCUACUCUAGACCUUCAAUGCAAAAUAGUGUGUUUUAAUCAAUUAUUUGGUGACGGGAAUAUAUUUAAUAUAGUUUUUAAAUGUUUGACUAUUUAAAUAUUUCUGAAAUUCACUGAGGAUGGUCCUCCACUUUUUCCUCUGAGGAGCCUUCAUGGAUAGGAGUGGGUUAAAAGGUGCUUGUGCAUUGAUAAUCACACCAAAGACGGUAUUAACGAUAAGUAGUAAAGAUAUAGCUGCGAGCAGCAAUGAACGGGGAUCACAGGAUGACAGAAAGGACACUAUCAGUUGGAUAACAAAGCAAGAAUGUAGGAACUACAGUAUCUUCCUUUAUGUGCAAUCAUUAGUCUAAAUACAACAUCUGGAGUGAAUCUGAUGCAUGGUUCAUGAGGAGAUUAUGAUUUUUAGCAUUAGUGUUAUACACUGAGUAUACCAAACAUUAGGAACAGCUUCCUAAUAUGGAGUUGCACCCCCCGUCACUGAAGAGCCUCUCUGUGUGUGGAAAACGGAGACAGAGAGUAUAGAGAAGAGAGAAGCGAGGGAGAGGAUGAGAAGAGAGAGAGAGAAGAGCGAGCAAGAGAGAAAGACACACAUACAGACAUACUGACAGUACAAAACAUUAGGAACACCUUCCUAAUAUUGAGUUGCACCCCCCUUUGCCCUCAGAACAGCCUCAAUUUGUUGGGGCAUGGACUCUACAAGGUGUCGAAGCAUUCCAAAGGGAUGCUGGCCCAUGUUGACACCAGUGGUGGAAAAAGUAUUCAAUUGUCAUACUUGAGUAAAAGUAAAAGAUACCUUAAUAGAACAUGACUCAAGUAAAAGUGAAAGUCACCCAGUGAAAAACUACUUGAGUAAAAGUCUACAAGUAUUUGGUUUUAAAUAUACUUUAGUAUCAAAAGUAAAUGUAAUUGCUAAAAUAUACUUAAGUUUCAAAAUAAUUUCUUAUUCCUUAUAUUAAGCCAACCAGACGGUACAAUUUUCUUGUUUUUUAAAUGUAUGGAUAGCCAGGGGCACACUCUAACAUUUACAAAUAAAGCAUUUGUGUUUAGUGAGUCGGCCAGAUCAGAGGCAGUAGGGAUGACUUCUUGAUAAGUGUGUGAAUUGGACAAUUUUCCUGUGCUGCUAAGCAUUCAAAAUGUAACGAGUACGUUUGGGUGUCAGGAAAAAUGUAUGGAAUAAAAGUACAUUAUUUUCUUUAGGAAUGUAGUGAAGUAAAAGUAAAAGUAGUCUAAAAUAUGAAUAGUAAAGUACAGAUAUAAAAAAAACGACCUAAGUAGUACUUAAAAGUAUUUUUACUUAAGUACUGGUUGACACCAAUGCUACCCACAGUUGUGUCAAGUUGGCUGGAUGUCCUUUGGGUGGCGGACCAUACUUGAUACACACCGGAAACUGUUGAGCAUGAAAAACCCAGCAGCGUUGCAGUUGACACAAACCGGUGCUCUUGGCACCUACUACUAUACCCCGUUCAAAGGCACAAAAAUCAUUCACCCUCUGAAUGGCACACAUACACAAUCCAUGUCUCAAUUGUCUCAAGGCUUAAAAAUCCUUCUUUAACCGAUCUCCUCCCCUUCAUCUACACUGAUUUGAAGUGGAUUUAACAAGUGACAUCAAUAAGGGAUCAUAGCUUUCACCUGGAUUCACCUGGUCUGUCUGUCAUGUUGUGUAUGCUCAGUGUAUGUCAUGGAAAGAACAGAUGUUCUUAAUGUUUUGUACACUCAGUAUAUAUGCAAAGAAUGAGUUGUUAAUAGUCUACUUCUUUAAAAAAAUAACAAAUUCAGUGUGGUUCAUCUUAGGGAUGUCCGUGAUAGCGAUGACAAGUUUCAAGUUGAUAGGCCACUGUGGAGUAGAUUUACAGUGGUUUAAAUGUACACGUAAAAUCUGAUUUGUCAAUAACUCACCAUCCUUUGACUAACCCCUUAGUGUGGCCAUCUUUGAAUGCAUCAACGUUAUUUUCUCAAACUCUUUAGGGACUGUUGUGAUGAGUCCAAAGACCAAAUUUGGAAUGAAUCUGACUUUUAGUCCAUGAGAAUAUUUUUGGGAUUGUUUUAAGCGUUACACAAAAAGGUGAAUUGUUACGUUUCCUUAUUUUUUAAGAUAUCAAUGCCAAACUUAAUAUGGUUCAUUAUGGUGAUGUCUUUGAUUACCCUACAAAGUUAAGUUGAUAGGCCAUUGUAAAGUGGAUUUACAAAGGAUUUAAAUGGACAUCUAAAAUGUAAUUUCCUGAUUUGUCAAUAACUUAGCCAUCUCUUAACCAACCCUUAGCUUUUCUCAAACUAAGUUAAGAGAUAAAUAAUAAAAUAAUAAUAAUUGGUCAUUUAGCAGACGCUCUUAUCCAGAGCGACUUACAUGAGCAAUUAGGGUUAAGUGCCUUGCUCAAGGGCACAUCGACUGAUUUUUCACCUAGUCGGCUCGGGGAUUAGAACUAGCGACCUUUCGGUUACUGGCACAACGCUCUUAACCACGCUCUUAACCACUAAGCUACCUGCCCCCCUGGCAAGAGAUGUACCAAUGAUGCAAUCUUUGUGAGAGGGAGGGUAUCUGGAUUCAUCGGUCCUCAACUCGCUGCUUAGACACUUAAUUCAGGAUAAAUGAAGUUAGUCCUGAGUUAGCCUGCAGGAUAGUUCUGAAGGAUUCGUUGCCAUAGAAAUUGACCUGCCUAAAGGUGAGCCACUUUCGUGGUACCGUUUAUCCCGAGUUGAACUCAGAGUUGACACAAGUUUAUUUUAACAUUUUAUGUUAUCUCCCAUUUUUUUUGAAAAGCAGUGGUAACCUGCAGGAGCGUGUUAAGUUCUGCCUCUUCGUUGUAAUCGACCCAGUGUGUCUGAAGUUGACCUGGGUCUUUUCGUUCCUCCCUCCAGUGGGCACGGACGAGCACGAGGAGCUGACGAGGUCUCUGAGUCUGAUCAAAGACUGCAUCGUCCAGGUUGAUGCCCUGGUCAACCUCCAUCAGAAAGCCUCGCGCCUCCGAGACAUCGCCCACAAGAUGGAGCCCAAGUCCCUGGGCAAGGUCAAAGAUGGCCGUGUCUUCCGCGGAGAGGACCUGACUCUGGGCAGACCCAGGCUGCUGCACGAGGGGACCGUCAACCACAAGGCUGCCUCUGGCAGACUCAAAGGUAACAGGGUUACCUCUCCUCAGGCUGCAUCUCCAUAGUCUGAAGUGACCUCUUCUUUCUUCUGUCUGAUCAUAGAUCUCAAACAGGUCUGAAAAUGUAACUCCUUUCAUUUCAGAUAUUCUCGCUGUGCUGCUGUCAGAUGUCCUUUUGUUACUCCAAGAGAAAGACCAGAGAUAUGUCUUCUCUACUGUGGUGAGUCAUGCAUUUUUAUGUUAGUUAAUUCCACCAGGUAACAUGACUAACUUGAGCUUUGCCAUUCUGGAAAACACUGACAAAUCUGGCAUACUAACUCAAAAGAAAGUUAGACUGAACAAAAAUAUAACCGCAACAUGCAACAAUUUCUACGAUUUUACUGAGUUACAGUUCAUAUAAGGAAAAAUGAAAUAAAUUAAUUAGGCCCUAAUCUAUGGAUUUCACAUGACUGGGAAUACAGAUAUGUAUCUGUUGGUCACAGAUCAGAUAACCAGUCAGUAUCUGCUGUGACCACCAUUUGCCUCAUGCAGCGCGACACAUUUCCUUCGCAUAGAGUUGAUUAGGCUGUUGAUUGUGGUCUGUGGAAUGUCGUCCCACUCCUCUUCAAUGGCUGUGCGAAGUCGCUGGAUAUUGGCGGGAACUGGAACACACGUCAAUCCAGAGCAGGAACUCAGGAUCUCGUCAUGGUAUCUCUGUGCAUUCAAAUUGCCAUCGAUAAAAUGCAAUUGUGUUCGUUGUCCCCACUGACACCAUGGGGCACUCUGAACACAAAGUUGACAUCAGCAAACCGCUCGCCCACAUAAUGCCAUAACGCUGGCUGCCAUCUGCCCGGUACAGUUGAAACCGGGAUUCAUCCAUGAAGAGCACACUUUUCCAGUGUGCCAGUGGCUAUCGAAGGUGAGUAUUUGCCCACUGAAGUCGGUUACGACCCCAAACUGCAGUCAGGUCAAGACCCUGGCGAGGACGACAUGCACGCAGAUGAGCUUCCCUAAGACUGUCUCUGACAGUUUGUGCAGAAAUUCUUCGUUGUGCACACCCACAAUUUCAUCAGCAGUCUGGGUGGCUGGUCUCAAACGAUCCUGCAGGAAGGUCCUGGGCUGGCGUGGUUACAUGUGGUCUGCGGUUGUGAGGCCGGUUGGACAUUCUGCCAAAUUCUCUAAAACAACGGAGGCGGCUUAUGGUAGAGAAAGGAACAUUCAAUUCUCUGGCAACAGCUCUGGUGGACAUUCCUGCAGUCAGCAUGCUAAUUGCACGCUCCCUCAACUUGAGAUAUCUGUGGCAUUGUGUUGUAUGACAAAACUGCACAUUUUAGAGUGGUCUUUCAUUGUCCCCAGCACAAGGUGCACCUGUGUUAUGAUCAAGCUUCUUGAUAUGCCAUACCUGUUAGGUGGAUGGAUUAUCUUGGCAAAGGAGAAAUCCUCACUAACAUAAGCUUUUUGUACAUAUGGAACAUUUCUGGGAUCUUUUAUAUCAGCUGAUGGAUCAAUGUUUAUAUUUUUAUUCAGUAUAGAUACAGCAGUCUUCUGUAUAGAAUAGGGAUGGGCAACUCCAGUCCUCAGGGGCCAGAGUAGUGUCACACUCCCCCCCCCCCCCAUCCCUAGUAAACACAGCUGAUUUAAACGAAUUGCAUUCUAAACUGAAGAUCAUGAUUAAUUGAUUAUUGGAGUCAGGUGUGUUAGCUGGGUCAAUAGUGUGACACCAAUCAGGCCCCCGAGGACUGGAGAUGCCCAUCCCUGCUCUAGAACUAUGAAGUGUGUUUCCUGGUGCCAUUUUCUUUCAAUGUGACUUCUAGCUGCCUUCUGUAUCUCCCCCAGGACAACAAGCCAUCAGUGAUCUCCCUCCAGAAGUUGAUAGUGAGGGAGGUGGCCCACGAAGAGAAGGCCAUGUUCCUAAUCUGCGCCUCCUCCAACGAGCCUGAGAUGUACGAGAUCCACACCGCCUCCAAGGAGGAGCGCAACACCUGGAUGACACACCUCCGCCAGGCAGUGGAG